CUCCGCUCCCGGUCCGGGUCCUGGUCCCAGUUUCCGCCCGCGGAAGGAGCCAUGCGGCGCCUGCUGCUGCUGGCCGGGCUGCUGGCGGCGGCCGGCGGCCGGGAGGUGUCGAUGCAGUACAACCCCGGCUGGAACGGCUCCUCUGUCAACCUGCUGCACGUCCGGGCGGUGGGGCCCAAUGACACCCUGCACUAUGUGUGGAGCAGCAUCGGGGCCCCUGCCGCGCUGCUGGUGGUCACCGAAGGCCAGAGCAGCACACUGCACAUCAACUGGACCCAGCUGCUCUCGCCUGCUCCUGCCGGAGCCAUUUGGAUCGAGCCUGCUGGCAGUGUUGUGUACUCCACCGCUGUUGUCUUCACCAAGGUGUUUGAAUACAGCAAGGUCAAUGCGCUGGAGGAGGUCUUCUACCCCACCUACGACCUGGCGGACUUCUCCUGGGACAGCGUCAAUCGGACCCUGAACCACACUGCCCUGACAGCUGAGUUUGUGGGUGGCCCAGCCGCUGACCCCAGCGGCAGUUUCUCCAACGGCAGUCUGGCGUUUCGGGUGACAGCUUAUGAGACCAGUGGCCGUGACGGGACCCUGCCCAGCCUUUUGCACACAGCAAACAGCUCUAAAGUGGAGUUUGUCCUUGCUGGGGCGGCCCCACGGGGCAACAGCUCGUGGUUCACCCUAGAGGUGGCCACGGUGGAAGAGGCAGGAGUGGUGCAGAGGCUGCGCUCGGCACGCUCCAUCGACGAUGAGUACACUCCCACCAUCUUUGAGACGUUCUCCCUGGUAGCUGAGUCCCGAAACGACAGCUCUGCGCUCAGUUUCCUGCAGUGGAAGGCGACAGCCUACGGCUCGCAGGCCCCCACGCGUGAGGACAGCAUCCAGUGCCGCUCCGGCAGCCUGAAAGCAGCCAACUGGACCCUGCCCAGGUCCAGCAUUGUCCAUGCCUACUUCGGGGAGGGCGUAGGCAGCACGUACACAAUCAGUGCUGUCAACAUCUCCUUUGGGGGUGAGGACGGAAAUAUUUACGAGGAAAAGCGCUACCUGAGCUGGUCUACACUGCUGGGCUUUGGGCAGCCCCCCAAGGACACCUUCUCUCCCCUGGUCAUCUCCAUCAUGGCCGUGGCGCUGGGCACCCCCAUGGUGCUGCUAGUGGUGGGCAGCUGCGUGGUUCUGUUUGCCCAGGGGAAACGCUACACUGAGUACGAGCCCAUCAACUGAGUGGGGUGGGCUCUGGAGAGUCCUCCAAGCUCCUUCUUGUCCCCAGGGAAGCAAUCACUGCUGCUGCAGGGCCUCCAAUGCCUGCAAUCUUCUCAAUUUUCCACUCUCACCCUGCAGUUCAGGCUCAGAGGGGACAUGGAGAACAUUUCUGGUAGUUGCCCAUGUCACAUGUCCCUCUGAUGGGCUCCCUCCUACUGCCCAGAUCCUGCAUCUGAUUACACUUCUUCCUGUCUUUUCCUGAUCCACCCAGCCAAGGACAGUGACUGAGGGGAGUUGGUCAGGGUUUUUCUGAGCCAGGGAAAGAUCAUCCCAAGGGAUGAGACCACUGCUGUCCUGUCUGCAGCCAAGCAGCAGCAGGGAUGGGCCCUGUCCUGUGCCAGUUCCAGAGCGCUCAAGGCUCUGAGUGGCUCCAGUCUAGGAGCAGGGCUGGAGGACAGGGCUAGAGACUGGUGCUACUCCUGACAGCAUGCAAGGUGCCUUUCUGCUUCCUGCUGUGCUGGGGGCAUCCCGCUGCAGCCCCCCUGGCAGCCCAGCUGGGGAUCACACACUGCUCAAAACCCACUUCGAAUGGGAGCCUCGUGCUGUGCUGGCCUUGGUGAGGGCUGCUGGCACAAGAAGGAAACUCGCUGCUGCUUUGCAGCAGCUGCUUGAGCUCAGGUCCAAGGCUGAUCUGGCCUUUCCAUCGCUUAAACCCCGUCUGGGCUCUGCAGGACCAGCUUGGAGGUACUCUCCGUGUGCUUGAAGCUGUGGGACCUGCGUGAUCCAGGGCUGCUCGGUGGUUGUGGAGGCACCACAUCACUUAGAAGUGUGCUGGGUUUUUGUGUUCACAGUCACUGACUUGUCUUUGACCAAAUAAAAGGGAUUUCUAAGAGU